UGCUACUUCCGACAUGAAGAUUUCUCAAACCUAGCAACUAUGUCAACUAUGCUGCAACUUGGCUUAAUCCUGUAGUUAUACAAUCACACGCUCCUAGUCAUUUCGCAACACACGUAGACAAGUAUUAUGGCGGCGGUGUGGGUUGGUUAUAAAAUCUGUAAAGAAGGACAGUUGAGAAGAAAGGACCACGAGAAAGCACAGCCGAGUACUGGGUUCGUGGCCACGGCGUCUUCUCCCGAGGCCUGCCAAUAUGUGCACCCACCGGUGUCCCAGACCUCUCCAGCGCAAAAUAUAACCGACUCUCACCAAAGAGUUGUUAAAAAGAAAUCGCUGUUGGAGGCUUACUUGCUGUGGUUGGUACUUGGGUUGUUCGGAGCACAUCAUUUUUACUUGCAUCGUCCAUAUUUUGGUGUGAUGUACCUGACCACCGUUGGACUUUUUGGUUGCGGGUGGGUGAUCGACUUAUUCAGAAUGCCGAUCCUGGUAAAAGAUGCCAACAAACGGAUUGAAGAACGGACACCUAUCCAACUCAGAAAGAGAAGCAUUGGAGAUGCGUAUGCAUUGUGGUUACCACUUGGCCUUUGGGGUUUACAUCAUUUCUAUUUGAGGCGGCCUGGGAUAGGAUUGUACUAUAGUCUCACUAUUGGUGGGCUAGGGACAGGAUUUAUUUUCGACCUCUUUCGCAUGCCAUUCCUGGUGAAACGAAGCAACAAGGAACUUGAGGAAGCCUUAAGACAGCCCCAAAUCGCAUGGAAAUAUUUUUCUACAUGUUAUCUAGAUGAUGCCUAUUGCUUGAUAUUUCCACUGGGUUUCCUUGGUCUACAUCAUUUUUACCUCCGUAGGUUUAAAUGGGGCCUGCUGUACUUGUUAACAUUUGGACUUUUUGGUAUUGGUUGGAUCAUCGAUUUCUUCCGCCUUCCAAGUUUGGUGAAAGAAGCAAACCAAGAAAACCAACCAUCUCAAGCCCAUGGAUACCCAGCAACCAACUCACCCCUACCAUCUUUCUCAGGACAAGCGGUGCCAAACAGUAAUCAAAGCCCUGAACAUGCUUACCCUAGAAUGAAUCAAGGUCAUGAUGCUGCCCCACCACCCCCAUAUUCAGAGAUUGACAGAGGGUCAUCACAGGGCAUCUAGUACAACAGAAAUUGAUGACAAGUCAAACCUGUGCCUGAAGUAACCUAGAUCAUCACUGAUCCCGCGUUGCAUUUUUACCAGCGUGAUAAGUUGGAAAAGGGUUAUUGGUAGAUUACUCUUCUUAGACAUCUAAUGGGCAUACAGUUUUAUAAUUAACUUAUUAGUCAGUCAUCAUAAUUGUCAUGGGAAGCCUAUUGAACAUUGGGCUAUGUAUCCCCCUGCAGACUCCAUGGGUGAAACCGGUAUAGUGAUACUGAAGUGAAGUUUCUGACACAACUUAAAGGGAUAAUAACUUUUUGUCUUGGCCAAAAAAUGAAUUUUCCUGGAGUAAACAACAAUUUUCCCAUA